AUGUUCUUCUUCAAAAUAUUCGGUUCAAACCAAAACUCCAAUGCAAGCCCUGAAAGGCCUGCUCUGGACAUCCCAACGCCUAUAUUCAAUGAGAAAGACACAGCCUCGGUGCCAUCGGAGGCCUCCUCAGUCCACAGCAGAGACCCCGGGCCGUCUAUCGAAUCUCCGAGCCCUCCUAUGAAGGCGUAUCUGCACAUACCCGGCUACGACCUCGCUGUCCUAGGCAAACCACGUAGCGAACGCAGCGCGCGCUCCCAUCGAGCCUCUUUCCGCCCUGAAUGUGACGCCUCGCCGUGUACUCGCCCGGAUGAGCCUACCCAUCCCUUGCUCCAUCCAGAGACCAAGCCUUCGCAGCUUGUGACAGCUGAGUUUACUUUCCUUUGCGGCCGAUUUUUCUGA